CUGCUGUAGCAUUCACAUCAAAAGAACCUUCAAAAUGUAUAAUUUUCAUGAAGUUUUAAGUGAUUCAGUUAGAGUUGGGCACAUUUUUGUCAUAUCUGGAUAUUCUGCAAGAUUCGCUAAUAGCUUGAAAAUUCUACUGGCAUGUGGAAAAGCUGAAAACUCGAAUGUAGCGCUGUCACUCGAAACUAAAUUUGCUGACCGAAAAAUCAUUAGGUCAGCAUUUGUCGGUGGUAAUUUUGUGAACGAGGAGUGCGACAGUGAAAAUUCAAAUUUAUCAAACUUGUCAUAUGAAAAUUCUAUGCCAUUGCGUCCCGGUGAGCAAUUCACAUUUUGCAUUCUCGUUGGUGAUGAUCGAUUUCAUAUUGCUGUAAAUGACGCCUCAUACUGCCAAUAUAAAUAUCAAACAUCACCGGAACAAAUUCGUUCGAUUAUGAUUUAUGGCGACAUGGAUGCACUUGUAAAAGUCAAUCACUUGAAAAUGUUUCCAUUCAUCUACCCGAAUAUCCAAAGUGAUUAUGAAGAUUUAGCUUUUGAAAGUUUCAUUCCAAAACAAUAUGGCCCUGGUCAUUUGACAUUGAUAACUGGAACUGUUAAUGGAAAAUCGGAUGGAGAAUUCAUCAUUAUGUUCACACAAGAUGAAACAAAACGUCAAUUAAUUCAUUUUAAUGUUCGAUUUGAUGAAACUGCUGUUGUCAUGAAUACUAUGGAUGCAGAGGAAGGAUGGAGUGACAACGAAAUUCGUACAAUGGACUUUCCAUUCGUAAUUGGAGAAAAGUUCAAGCUUGCAUUUGCAUUCACCGAACAUGAAUUGAAAGUUGCAGUUAAUGGAUCACAACUCAUCCAGUAUCCACUCCAUCAUAUUGAAAUGGACGAUGAUGAAAAUCUUUGGGCUGAACUUACUGGAUUUAGAGUUAAGAAUGGAAUUGACAUGUUAACAAAAAUUACGGAUGUUGAACAUAUAAAAAUGAAUGAUCAAAACUGUGAAGAUUUUGAGGAAUACUGUGCUUUGUAAAAUUUAUGGACGUCAAUAGUGAAUGACUGCUAUUGAGUUUUCAAAUCUAUAAUUUAAUUAACUUCUAAAGAUCUAAAGCUUUUUAUCAUCAAUUAUCUUUAUUAUAAACUCAAAUUUGUUAAAAUUUACAAUGUAAAGUUAAUAAAGAUGUAAAAGGAUUUAAGAGUAAUUGUAAAACCAUUACGAUGAUUGAAAUCAAAGGAUUAAAUCGAAAAAAAAAUUCCGAUU